UCAGUGUGUGCUUACCUGUACAAGUGUGUUUGUGUGUGUGUGUGUGUGUGUGUUGUGUGUUAAUUUAUCCUCUGCAGAUACUCAUCGGAAUUUCAGGCACUUUUUGACAAGUGGCAAUCUUGUCAUACACACGCACACAUGAAGAUGGUGGCACCAUUCAAAGAUUUCAAGGAAAAUCCAAUUGAGGAGCUGUCAAAUGGCCUGAACGUAAUGAAGGACAGAUCAGUGUGUGAUAACGUGAGGACGGAUGAAGACGUGUGGGACGUUGUGGACUUACAGGACACAGGGGUCACAUGGUCAGAUCUGGACAGUAGAGGGAAGGUGUUGCGGGUGUUCGUGUCCGUGGGGAAGUUUUUGUUGCUCCUGGGUUUGCUCUACAGCUUCAUCUGCUCUCUGGACAUCCUCAGCUCAGCGUUUCAGCUUGUUGGUGGAAAGGCAGCUGGAGAUAUCUUCCAGGAGAACCAGGUGCUGUCAAAUCCUCUGGCCGGCCUGGUGAUUGGUGUCUUGGUCACUCUGCUCGUUCAGAGCUCCAGCACCUCGUCUUCCAUCGUGGUCAGCAUGGUGUCCUCUGGACUUCUGCAGGUCUCCACAGCCGUCCCCAUCAUCAUGGGCACCAACAUUGGGACAUCGGUGACCAACACGGUCGUUGCCAUGACGCAGGCUGGAGACAGGAACAAGUUCCGCAGGGCGUUUGCCGGAGCGACAGUGCAUGAUUUCUUUAACUGGUUGUCGGUGUUGGUGCUGCUGCCCAUCGAGGUUGCCACGGGUUACCUGUACCGCCUCACCGAGCUCAUCGUCUUGUCCUUCCACAUUGAAAGCGGAGAAAAUGCCCCUGCCCUGCUCAACGUCAUCACCGACCCGCUCACACAAUCCAUCAUCGAGUUGGAUGCGUCGGUCAUCAAUGAAAUUGCAACCGGAGACCCGGAAGCCAGGAACAAGAGUCUCAUCAAGACAUGGUGCCAAACAUCUACAAACACUACUCUGCAGAACGUGACUAUAGUGAACUGCACUGGCGCCCCCUGUUGGGAGUGGAAAAACGUCUCCCAAAUUAUCAACAUACAGAAAUGUAGCCAUAUUUUCGUGGGCACAUCCCUGCCGGACCUGGCUGUGGGACUGAUCCUACUUGCUGCAUCUCUUCUGGUGCUCUGUGUUUGCCUCAUCCUUAUCGUCAAACUGCUCAACUCCAUACUGAGGGGUCAGGUGGCCUCCAUCAUCAAGAAGAUCAUCAACACAGAUUUUCCAUUUCCGUUCAGCUGGGUCACAGGUUAUCUGGCCAUCAUGGUGGGAGCAGCGAUGACCUUCAUCGUACAGAGCAGCUCAGUUUUCACCUCUGCUAUCACACCCCUCGUAGGACUCGGAGUGAUUAGCAUCGAGAGGGCAUACCCACUGUCGCUGGGUUCCAACAUCGGCACCACGUCUACAGCCAUCCUAGCGGCUCUGGCCAGUCCUGGAGAAACACUGACUAGCUCACUACAGAUCGCGCUGGUCCAUCUGUUCUUCAACAUCUCGGGAAUCACGCUGUGGUAUGUCCUGCCGUUCAUGCGCGUCCCCAUCAUCCUGGCGAAGUCUCUGGGGGACGUGACCGCACGGUAUCGCUGGUUUGCAGUCUUCUACGUGCUGCUCUGCUUCUUCUUCAUUCCUCUUCUGGUGUUCGGUUUGUCUCUAGCUGGCCUCCCUGCUCUCCUCGCCGUCCUCGUCCCGGUGGUCCUCCUCAUCGUCUCCGUCCUCGGUAUCAACUUCCUGCAGUCACACUUCCCAGGCAGACUUCCUUCCUGUCUGCGCUCGUGGGACUUCCUGCCUCUUUGGGCUCGAUCUCUUCAACCCUGGGACCGAAUAGUCACCGCCAUGACUGCACGCUGUUGCUGCUGCUGCAAAUGUGGCCAGGUGGCAGAUGAGGCAGAGCCAAUCGACAGGAAGGAUCGAAGGAUGGAAAUGCACGAUAUUCCGGAUCUGUCCAAUAAAGUCCCGCCCUCUACAGUUAUUCUCAACGUCACAGCGUUAUAGGAUCUGUUAUAAUGCACUAUUGCUUGUUUAGUUUUUUAAAGAUAUAUUAUUAUAUAGUUAUGACAGUUGUAUUAUACAGUUAUUAAAGCCUUAUUAUAGUGUUAUAGAGUGUAUUAUCCAAAUUAUAACAUAUCGUGCUUGAAAAAGAUCAAGGACCAAACGCCAGAACAAAGACUUUUCUCACUGCUAUUUAUAUUUUCUAUAUAGAAUUUUCAACUUUCAAAAAUAAUUACGCGGGAAAAAACAUCUACUAUAGUGUGUUUCAUCAUUUACGUGUUCAAAUGUUCAAAACCAACUUUGAUCCUGAGAUGAAACCACCCGGAGUAUUAUUAAAACAAAUUGAACC